AUGAACAGGAACAGCCCCCUGUACAAUCACAAUGGCAUAAGAAAUGCUCUUUUUUCUGAGAUUGCCUUUGGGAUCUCAGCCAACACCAUCCUCUUGCUCGUCCACGUGGUCACAUUCUUUCAGGAGCUCAGGCACAAGCCCGUCAACCCGAUCAUUGCUCUCUUGGCCCUCAGCCACAUAGUGAUGGUGCUGAGCAUGGCCUUCAUGGCUACAGACAUUCUGGGGUCCCAGAGGUUUUGGGAUGACGUCACGUGUAAAGCAGUCAUCUCCUUGUACAGGCUGAUGAGGAGCAUCUCCAUUUGUUUUACCUGUCACCUGAGCAUCCUCCAGGUCAUCAUCCUCAGCCCCAGAAGUUCCUGCUUGGCAAAGUUCAAACAUAACUCCUUAUAUCACAACUUGUGUUGCUUUCUUUCCCUGUGGGCCUUCUACAUGCCUAUCAGUGGUUUCCUCAACUCCAUUGUUGCCACCUGUAACGGGACCUCGCACGUCCAUAUAAUGGUCACUAAAUCCUGUUCUCUCUGGCCUUCUAGUGACAUCAUGAGACACUUACUUGCUGUACUGGCUGUCUUCUGGGAUGCCUCUUUUGUAGUACUCAUGAUGCUUUCAAGUGUGUACAUGGUGAUUGUCUUGUGCAGGCAUAAGAGGCAGGCUCAGUACCUUCACAGCACCAGCGUCUGCCCCAAAACGUCCCCAGAGUGGAGGGCCAUCCGGACCAUCCUGCUGCUGUUAAGUUUCUUUUUGUUCAUGUACUGCCUAGACUGCAUUGCCUCCUUCUCCAGGGUUAUGUGGAAUAAUGACCCAGCUCAUCGCUGUGUCCAGAUGCUUGUGUCCAGUGGCUAUGCCACAUUCAGUCCUUUGGUGUUCAUCAGUACUGAAUGA